CUCCCCGCCGCGCCGGCGAGGCUGCGAGCGGCGCCCGCCCUGCGCCCGGGGCUGCCGCCCCGCCAGGACGAGAGAAGGAGGCGCUGUCGGCCGGGAGCAAGCUGGAUGAAGACUUGCGCCUCAGGGCCGGUUCGCCGGCCCCUCGGGCAUGAAGGGGACCGCGGGGACUCUGCCCUGCCCUGCAGCCGAGCGGGGACAGCAGGAAGACAGCUGCCUUCAGAUGAUACAGAACUCACUGACAGUUGCUCUUGCUUCAGUCCUACUUCAUGAGAACUUCAGAAGAUACUGAGUGAUAUUUGGCCAGGCCUAAAAUAUCUUCCACUCCAGAUUUGAAAGUAGUGGAAAAGUUAGACAAUUCUCUCUUGGGAAGAGACUGAUUGUAGUUUAUUCAGAAGUACACGUUGUUUCAGAUCUCUAAGAUUCUGAAGCUUAACAUAUUUUGGCAUUCCAGUGAUACACAGUUAAGUUUUGCAACACAAAGAAUGCAUUUUAUUACUGAAUUGAGGAAAGAAUAUAUAGAAGUGUUUUUAAACCUGUGCUCACAAGCAGAUGGUACGUGAACAAUACACUACAACAACGCCAGGCACUAGCCUAGAGAGGCCGAAGAAUGAAUAUGUCUACAAAAUUGGAAUUUAUGGAUGGAGAAAGCGUUGCCUCUACUUGUUUGUUCUCCUUCUGCUUAUCAUCCUGGUUGUGAAUUUUUCUUUGACAAUUUGGAUUCUUAAAGUGAUGUGGUUUUCCCCAACUGGAAUGGGACACCUGCGUGUUACUAAAGAAGGCCUUCGUCUGGAAGGGGAAUCAGAAUUCUUAUUCCCUCUUUAUGCCAAAGAAAUCCAUUCUCGAGUGGACUCAUCACUGCUUCUCCAGUCUACUCACAAUGUGACUGUGAAUGCUCGCAAUUCAAAUGGGGAAGUCACAGGCAGAUUAAAUGUUGGUCCUAAAAUGGUAGAAUUCCACGGUCAGCAAUUUCAGAUCAACUCAAAGGAUGGCAAGCCACUUUUUACAGUGGAUGAAAAUGAGGUUGUAAUUGGCACAGAUAAACUUCGAGUCACAGGCCCUGAAGGAGCACUUUUUGAGCACUCUGUAGAAACACCACUUGUGAAAGCAGAAGCUUUUAAACAGCUUAGGCUGGAAUCACCAACUCGAUCUUUGAGCAUGGAUGCACCACGAGGAAUUAAUAUCAAAGCACAAGCUGGGAAUAUUGAAGCUCUUUCCCAGAUGGAUAUCAAACUACACAGCAGUGAUGGUGUGCUUUUGCUCGAUGCUGAAACUGUGCGACUGCCCAAAUUGCCUGAGGGUACAAGGGGUGGAUCUGGUAUUUCUCAGGGGCUCUACGAAAUCUGCGUGUGUCCGGACGGAAAACUCUACUUGUCGGUGGCUGGCGUGGGCUCCACUUGCCAAGAAUACAGUCGUGUCUGCCAGUGAGGCACCAGAAGAGGCUGCACAAUCCCCUUGCUAGUCUCAGUUUUAUAUUAUUGCUGAAGAGCAUUACUGAAAGCAGAAUUUUCAGAAUUUUAAAAACAAAGUACUUCAGUUUAGGAAACAAAUCUCUAUCUACAGUUCUGGACUACAGGGUGAAAGGAGAAGAGCACAAAUAACAUUUCAACUUCAGAACAAUGAUCUGAAUCAAAUUAUAUGUUCUGUCAGUAACACUUGGAAAACAGCCUUACAGAGAGCAUUAAAAAAAUAAAAGGAAUAUGUUUCCUUGCUGAACUAUUAUUCAGUCAGAUUAUUAUGUCAUUGUUAAUAUUUUUGAGCUACAUGGUUUUUUUCUCUCACUACAUGUAAACACUUACUGCAUUAGUGGGUGAAAUUAAAUUGAGGGAACUACUUGAACUAUUUGCUAAGACAACGCAUUAUUUGGGGAAUUCAGAAAGUGCCAGCAAAUGGUCUAUGCAAUUUUGUUCUUGCAAUAACACAAGAUACAAAAAAUGUGGUAUUUGUACAAGUUCUAUGUAAAAGGUGUUAAUUUGCUAAUAGCUUUCUGUUUUAAUUUGGCAACAUAUAUGCUGAUUUGCUUAUUACUGAGAUUCAUAUAAAAAUAACUAAUACAAAAAGCUCCAGGAGUCAUUUAUACCUCCCCCCUGUGUCUCAAAUCUGUUCACUGUACAGCAGAGAAAUAUGUUAGUAUAUUUUAUAAUAGCAAUAGUUUGUUGUUCUGCCUGUACCAGCAUACUCAUUGAAACCCUUUUAUAUUUUAGGACAUGCUAAUUCAACAAGGCAAUUUGCCAGCUGGACGAGUAAAAAGAGAAAUAAUAUGUGGCUCCAGAUUGUCUGACACAAGGAACUGUUUGGGCGGUGGGAAAAAAAAUCCUUUUUUGCAGCCCACAGGAUUCAAUUAAGAGGACUGUUUCAUUCCCAUCUGUAGCUGUUGACUGAUAUUUCUGAUCCUGUCAGAGUGAGAGACUAUCACAAAUGGAGAGAGUAAAAGUACUCUUUAUUAUUUUUUACAUCAGGACUUUGGAUACAAAAUAGAUGCUCACCAGAGUUGCCAAACUAUUUAUUGAUGUUGUAGAGAAACACCACUGCAGACCUAUUCCCCUGUACAGUGUUGCACUGAACACAAAUAAAUUGUUUGCACACCUCUGGGUAGCAGGAUUUGAUUUAAUAGUCUCUUGUUUAAACCUUAUGGGGUUUUAACUCCUUUGAUGCUAUUUUGUAUACACUUAAUAAUAUUAUUACCCAGGUAGGAGUUGCUAUCACAUAGUGCCUUGGUGUCUAUUUGCAGAAAGAUUUUAACUCAUAGUUGUUAUUUAAACACAGAAUGUCCAUCCAUUACAGGAAAGAAUCAUCAUCCUUCGAGCAGGAGAAUCAGAACAAAAGAACUGCUAAGACUGUGCUGGUUUUUAAACUUGCUACUUCAGCUCUGGUGGACAAGCAAAGAAACGCAGCGCUCAGUUAUGAUCCCAGGUACCCAGAAAAGACUGAGCUGAGAAAGAGCCCCCAGUUAACAGUAUCCACUGUUACUGUGGUAAAGCCCUGGGUAAUUCCUGCCCCAAGGGCAGCCUUGGUAAUUUAUCCAAUGAGUCUAAUGUGCAAUACUGAAAUUGUCCUUCAUUAGCAGGGUGGAGCCCUCAGCAAUUAAUGCAAACCAGAAGAACUUCAAUAGGAAAAGUAGGAGACGUGCAUAAAAUUAGCUUUUGGGUCCCUUCAGGCAAAGGAGGCAAGUGGAUCAGGGUCACCCAUGCUAUUUGGAGAGUGCUCUGAUGGCUAACAUAGUCCCUAAGGGAGAAGUAGGAAGUCACACAUCUUCCAUUUCUGAAAUCCCCUUUUCCUGGGCUUAGACAUAUAUAUCCAGGUGUGCGCCCAGGGCUGUUGGCCCUACAGAGAGGAAUAUUCGCCUCUACAGCUAUAUCUCUCAACUGUCUCUCAACUACAUCUCUCUCUCAACUAAGCCCUCAGCUGAGACAGAGUGCAACGGAAACGUGUCUCUUCAGCAUUCCUUUAAAGUCAUUUUAGGUCGUUCCAGCUUCAUGUGCAAGCUUUUGCAAACCAUAUUAUGAGCAGAGUUAUGUUAUUCAUUGGAUAAAAAGUAUGAGUCUUAAAAUAAAGGACAGCAAAUUCCAUUGGAUGUGCCAGCUACCUAAAAACUGCUGCUACAAGUCACGUGGAGGGCUACCUACUGUCUUUUCCAGAUGUAGUGUAACAGCAAAACUGGGACUUCAGCCCUUAGAGGAUCCAGCCACUGCUUAGGCAUUUGAAUUGUCACCAUAUCUGUGUUUCUGACAUCAAGGAACACACGCCCACUUCCAUGUCAUACCAAACUACUCAUUCACCUAAUCUAAUUCCUAAGUAUUAGCCAGAUACUGUAAGUAAGUAUGUUAGUUACAAUCUGCCUAUUCUGCUGGCAAUGGAAACACAACAUUUUCAGUUGUGCAUUUCAAGCUUCUGUUUUGGAAGCACAUUUUUCAAAUGUGAUUUGCCAGUUAAUACAAAGCAAGGGAUUGAAUCCAGGCUUUCCAUGUAUCACAACAGUAACCUAAUCCCUGAACUACUGGGUAUUUGUAAGCCACUUCUGUUGCCGCUUCUUACGUUGAAGUUGCUCUGUUUUAGAUAACAUUUUUACAAAGCCAUGGCAUACAGCUAGCAAAAUCGGGGUGCAGUUCCCUGGCUAGCAACACGACUAUGUGUUAUGGCCUCUCAGUUAGACACGGCAGUAACUGCUGCCUUUCUUGUGGAGAUAAACCCUUUGGACUUGCUUCAGUUCACAGGUGGAUUCUGAGUAGUACAGAAAAACUGAAGAGGUCUGCUGUGUCCUCAGUUCUGCCAUCAUCCAAAUCACCAGCUUGCCCCCUUCGUUGUUUAAAUUUCAUUCCUCUUUCCAUUACGCUACAAAAUUGACACUGAAAAUGUAGAGUUGCAUUAUGUCAGUUGUGCAUGUUUUUUAAAGCAUGGAUGGCAACUUCUUGUGACUAAAGAAUAUCUUUGGGAUUUUUUUCUUUUACGUGCAGUUAGUGGAGAAACAAAGUUUAUGCCAAAGUUACCACAGUGUAAUCAGCUGACGCGAUGAUCUGAAUUGUUGUUAAUCUCAAUAUAGUUGAUACAUCACUGAAUUAUAAUUUCUGGUUUCUCCAUGUGGGUGUCAUUCCAUCUCUCUUUAAUAUUUCAAAAUUAUUGCUUCUGCUUGAAUCAAACUUCAGUAAAUAGUUACAGAUUAACAGAAAAUUAUGGCACAGGAAAGUGAGAGCACGCACUUGUAGUUUAUUUUCAAAAGCGUUAUCCAAAUGGAGAAGAAAAAACCCACUACCCAGCAUAAUGAAUUGUACUGUUUGCAUAUUUUUUUUCCCUCAAAAAGAAUUAUUUACAGCAGUCUUGUAACUGGUUGGGAUUGUUACACAGUGGAAAAGUAAAAAUAUUAAAAUGGUAGUAAAUCUUUAUUGGUGAUUGCCCAAACAAAAACGUCUUUGUUUCUAUUUCACAGUUCUUUAGUAUUGACAUUUGCCUAUCUUCCUAUAGAUUUAUGCAAAAGGAAUUGCAAAAAUUAACUGAAAACUGAGUUCUUAAAUAAACUUUAUACAUUUUGAAAA